UUUGAAAUGGCACAAAAAAAUCAUGAGGGUUAUUUGGAAUUUAUACCUCCAAGUGAGAUUUUAGGAGAGACAGAUGCUACUGCCCUUACAGUCAUUAAAGUUUAUUUGCCAGGUUUCAAGAUUGGGGAAUUGAAGGUUACGCAUGUUCAAGGAUGCGAACCAGAAAAAAUAAGGAUCGCGGGAAAAAGGCCAAGAGAGGGUAAUACAUGGAUCUGGUUUACAAAAGAGUUCCCCAUCCCACCAGAUUGCGACACCGCAGGUGAGAUCAAAGCUAGAUUUGAAGGCGGCAUUCUGAGCGUCACGCUACCAAAAAAGACCGCUAGUGUGCAAAAGCCCGAUGAAACGAAGGAGCCGAAAGAGAGUAGUGGACAAGAACAACAGCCAAAAGGACAAACAGACACUACUAAAAACCCCCAAGCAAGCACAAAGGGUGUUGCUCCUCCUGAACACAACCCUGAUGAUCAUGAUCAAAAGUCAACCAAUGGCUCUGUUCAAGAGACAAAGAACAAGAAAACUGAAGUACCCGCGGCUCCCAAAGUAAAAGGGAAGGCUGGCAUUUCAGAAGAGGAGCCGAAACAAGAAGAGUCAAAAGGACAAACCAACACUACUUCCCAGGCAAGCGCAAAGGUUGUUGCUCAUCCAAAGACAAGGGAAGAGGAGAGCUCUGAAGCUGUUCGAGGAGGAUCAGACCCUCCUCCUCCAAAGCCUCGAGAGUCAAACAAGAAAGCUGAAGAGCAGAAAAGUGGUGAACCCGCGAAUCCCCAAGUAAAUGGAGAGGUUGUGUCAGAGGAUGAGGUGCCGAAACCAGAAGAGCCAAUGAGCCAUGUACAACAGGCAAAACAACUUGAUGAAGUGAACGGUGCAAAGAGUGAAACUACUACUGAUGACAAUAAGAAAGAAGAAGGUGAAACCAAAAAUGCAGUGAAGAGAAAGAAUUAUGAGUGUACCUUCACCAAAAUGAGGCUGAGGAAGCGCGUGAAAAUGUUGAAUUUGGCUCUGGUGGUUUUGGCUGGCAUUGGCAUUGGACUGUAUGUUAAGAACAUGGUUAGAUCCUAUGGUGGGGAGGCUGAUGAGUGAAUACCCUGCACAGCUAGAAUUGUGAAUAACAACACAACUUACAUGUGAUUGAUUGUAUAUUUAUUGAAUGAAAUAUGACAAAAAAAACAUUUGAAUAAAAUAACAGCAUUAAAGUAAUUGCAUGGAU